CUCGACAAAAGGUCAUCUCGGGUAAUGUACCUCCUCUCACUUCCUGCCCCAAUACCUGUAUCACUUGAAGCUCCUAGCAUCGCACCUAGAGGGUCCGGGAAUCCAUCACCCUUGGCAGGAUGUUCCUCAUCCCGUCUCAUCUGCGCAAAGUACUCCAAUCGGUCCUCACCGAAAACGCUCACGAAGGACCACAUACCGCUCUCCUCCUGCUCGCCCACGGACAAGUACUGUGCACGGCCAGUAACGCCGAUCCGGAUUGGUAUUCCUCCGGUAGUACGGGAGAUGACGAUGGGGACGAUGAUGGUGGAUCGGAUGACGACGAUGAAGACGGAGAGGAGGAAGACGAAGACGAAGAGAAUAGCCGAGGUGAAGGAGGGGAGGAUGACGAGGACGAGCCUUAUAUACCCACCCCGGAGAGGAACAGGAUGUUACGUGGGAUCGUCAAAAGUCAGUUGUUAGAGACGGACGCCUUUCCCGAUCGAUCGGUACCGGGUGGGAAGAAGGAACGGGGGAGCAUCAAGAUUGAAUGCGAUCUCGGUCGGCUAUUACUACAUCCGCUCCCUAUUCCGAUUCCCACCCCUUCUUCCUCUUCGCCUUCCACCUCAAACUCCUCGACAACUCCUCAUCACCACCACUCCUACUCUCACCCGCACCCCGACCCACGGAUAAAACACCUUACCUCCAUCCCGAACCUAUCCCCACAAUCGUUAACUUAUACGCUAUCCGCCAUCGGAGUGGAAGAGCCAGAGGACCAGACGAUCAGAGGCAACGGGAAGGGCGAUAACGAGAGGGAAGGAGUCGUAGUACUCGUCUUGAACGGGAUCAAGUCGCUCGAAUGGGACGUCCUCGAACGAGCCGCUAAGGCGUUUGAACAGGAUUUUAGGACCAAGAAGACGAGCUGAGCUGAGCUCCAGCUGGUCUCGUCAAAUUCCGACGCAAGCCGACGCUUGGGAAUCUAACUGGCAGCCAGACAUGGCCUUGGGCAUGUGCCCUCGCUUCUGGGUGAACUGAACAUGAAGACACAGAGGGAAAAUGGGAUCGGCACAAGCGUAGUCCGAGGUUCGGGCAGCCGGGCGGUGGGGGAUCGGAGUGGCAAGAUAUGGGCAUUAUGAUAGAUGGGUUAAACGUUGUAUAAGCGGACGGGAGUUCAAUAUCUUGGGAAAUUAUGUGUAUGGGAUUGUGGGCCGUUCCAUCGCCCGAUGGCUGCAAUCAGGGAAUAGCGGAGGAGAGGACUUAGAAAGCUGUUUCGGCUCCGGAUGGCGCACGGCUUUCCUCGCAUCGGCAACCCUCGACCCUUGAUGUAUUCUCUUACUCGCUGUGUUGAUGAAAGAGAUAGAGAUCGAA